AUGACGAACGCACGGCACAACACGUCUCACUCCAGAGCGGGCAGCGCUCGCCCUGGACAGGGGGCGAGGAACAUUCUGAAGAGGCGCGACAAUCAUGGAUUGAAGGUUGAGACGACGAUGGUCCUUGCACCAAAGAAGAAGUUCCAGCUCAGUAAUACAUUCACGCGAACGCCGCCCCAAGGCUUCAUCUUCGUGCCCUUUGGGUCAGGCCCCUUGACGGACCGCUGCACAGAGAUUUCCAUGAAGGAGAGCGCCACCGCUUACAAAGUCCAGUCCAACCAUAGGCACGCAUACGCUGCCCAGGAAGAUAGAGUAUCAUCCCAAGUCCACCGCAUCGGCCAUCACUUCAAGGCGGAGAUCGUACUACAGGCAUGUGAACAGCUCGGCUAUCUCUAUCACAAUGGAUGUUUUGAGCGCGAAUCUGAGAUCGCUGCGCGAAACAACCGUACUCCCCUGUCCAGAGUCAUGGCUACUCACGGCAUACGUAUGGCAGACAAUCCUCCCGGCGAGCUCGACCGUAUUACCGCGAUGAUGCGAGAGAUGUUUCCAAAGAUGCCAGAGGCAGAGAUCGAAAAGGUAAUCAAUCGAGCGUGGGAAGCAGGCACGGGGAGAGUGGGUACAUCGAAGGACGUCUCAAUGACGCGCAGAGUCCAGCUGGCAGUGCUCUCACACAUCCGUCACCAGCAUACCGACUACGAUUAUUUGCUGCGGGCAUUUGGGUGGGAACGCGCCCGUCGAGAGGUCGAGCCGUACAGCGUCAAAAUAAUCAAGGAGUGGCAAGGUGAGAACGCACAGGACGACGAUUCAGAGCUCGAAUGGUGCAAACGCGAGGUCUUUGUCAUUCCCGACGAUGACGAUGAGGAGGACGAGGACGAGGACGAGGAGGACAAGAUCCAUGCAGAGACCAUUAUCAUUCCCGACGACGAUGACGAAGCCGUCAUCAACACGCCCGUCGCACAUGCAUAUCCGCGAUACACAGCGCCGCCCCCGCCACACCCAGCUCAACCACCACACGUCAAUCACCUUCACCAAUUCGGCCCGGCGCGGCCUGCUCCACAGUGGAUAGAUCCAGGAGGACGUUUGAUCAGACGCAUUCAAACACCGCCGCCGCAGCCUCCCCAGCAGGCUACUCGUUACGUUGCCGUCACAGCGAACGAGCCGUAUCCGAACGCGGUUCCGUCGAUCGAGGACCGGCGUGGCGGCGUCGCAUUCUCUGGGCCGCAGCUGCGUUGGCCGGGGCCACCGCGACCGGGUGUUCACUACAUCGACCUCACGUCGCCAGAGAGGCGGUAUCCGGUACCGCAGCCGAUCCACGGCGCCCCCGCGCCCGUGCAGCAGCUGCCGAGGGGGGCCCGCCCGCUUUAUUAG